AUGUCGAGCAAUAAAGAUAGGGAAAGUGACGACCACGGCUUGAAGGCUGUAAAGCAAAACUCGAAGUAUUACUUGAGGGGCGGGGACCUCCACCUACUUGCUGACGGCGAACUAUUCCGUGUUCAUCGCUAUUUUUUCGAGCGCGAGUCUGAUAAGCUACGAGGAAAGCUUGCCCAACCCGCGUCGCCGGGAGGGAAACCGGAGGGCACGAGUGAUUCGAACGCAAUCAUCCUAAGCAAGGUCUCUGCCGCAGAUCUGGAGAAGUUUCUCUGGGUCUUCUACAACCCGCGUUAUUCGUUGUAUGACGCCACAUUCCAGGAGUGGUCUGCGAUUCUGCGACUGGCGGACUUAUGGGGGUUCUGCGAGGUCAAAUCUCUUUGCAUCAGACAGCUGGAGAGCAUGGAAAUCGACAUCGUGGAUCGACUGGUGUUAUAUCAGAGAUUCAAGGUCACGGAGGAGGUUCUGAUUCCCCGCUAUGUUGAAUUGUGUUCGAGAGACGAGCUCUUGACGGAAGCGGAAGCGACGAGCCUCGGCAUCUCCACGACCGUGAUGAUAUGCAGCCUCCGCGAGCGUCUGCGCUCCAGUGCGUCGCCUUCUGACGGCUCGAAAAGCCCCCUUCCGCCUGGCCUUGACGCUGAGGAUAUCGCGAGUUUCAUACGAGCUACAAUGUCGGGGGCUUCCGUUCCAUUCUCGCCUACAAAGAAAACUCCUAAUGGACUGCCCAUUUCAGACAAAAAGGACAAAAAGAAAGAUAAAGACGACAAGGGCCGAAUAAAUGGGACCAACGGCGACAACCCCGCCGGCGGUUACAUUAAGGGCAAACCCUAG